CGGGCUCGGCCCGGGCCCACGUGGGCGGCGCGCGAGGACCCCGCGCAGCUGCCCCGCCGGCUCCUGCGGCCGCGUCCCUUCCGGGUGCCGCGGCGGCCGCUGCGCGGGGAGUCCCUCGCGGCUCGGCCCGUGGCGGGCGAUGCCACCGAACACUCUGGCGUUCGCGCUUGUGAAGUUCUUUGAGCGUCUCUGAGAGACCGGAGGCCGUGUGCCAUCUUGCCAACGUUUCCUUCGUUUGCCGCCGCGCUACCGCUCCCUCAGCACUUCAGUGGUGCAGGAGGCCUCCACAGGGGCCUGGGGCUCGGCUGCCCUCGAGGCUCCCUGCCCUUCGGCCACUGCGGCCGAGUCCGGGCGCUUCUCGGUCCGGCCCGCCGAGGAGGCGCGCUUUCCAGACAGGCAGCGCCUUGGCCACCUGGCAGGGCUGGGUCGCCUAGCAACGGCGGGGUCCUUCCUGGCUCGGCGGCGCUCUGGGCCUGAGGGGAGAAAGCCGCUGCGGAGGGCGCUGGGGGCCCGCGGCGGCGGCGGCGGCGGCGGCGGCGGCGGCGGCGCAAGAGGCGGCAACGGGACGGCGGCGCGAGGUUGGCGCGCCCCGGGAUCCGGCCUCUGCACUUGAGGGGAGAUGAGCUCGGCUGACAAGGCCCGGGUGGGGCUCGCGGCCGACGGGCCUGCGCCGCCCGAGGAGGAGGAGGGCGAGGGGGGCGGCGAGGCGGGCGGGAAGGAGCCGGCUGCAGACGCGGCCCCCGGGCCCAGUGCCGCGUUCCGCUUCCUGGUGACUCGGCGGGAGCCGGCCGUGAAGCUGCAGUAUGCGGUGAGCGGCUUGGAGCCGCUGGCCUGGUCCGAGGACCACCGCGUGUCCGUGUCCACGGCCCGCAGCAUCGCUGUGCUGGAGCUCAUCUGCGACGUGCACAACCCGGGCCAGGACCUGGUUAUCCAUCGCACCUCGGUGCCCGCCCCUCUCAACAGCUGCCUCCUCAAAGUUGGCUCUAAAGCAGAAGUUGCUGAGUGUAAGGAGAAGUUUGCCACCUCGAAAGACCCCACAGUCAGCCAGACUUUCAUGUUGGAUAGGGUGUUCAACCCUGAGGGGAAGGCUUUGCCGCCGAUGAGGGGAUUCAAAUAUACUAGCUGGUCCCCCAUGGGCUGUGAUGCAAAUGGCAGGUGCCUCUUGGCGGCACUGACCAUGGACAAUCGCCUGACCAUCCAGGCUAACCUCAACAGACUCCAGUGGGUCCAGCUGGUCGACCUGACAGAGAUUUAUGGAGAACGUCUCUACGAGACCAGUUACAGGCUCUCUAAAAAUGAGGCUCCGGAAGGGAAUCUCGGGGACUUCGCGGAGUUUCAGAGGAGACACAGCAUGCAGACUCCGGUCAGGAUGGAGUGGUCGGGCAUCUGCACCACUCAGCAGGUCAAGCAUAACAACGAGUGCCGGGACGUAGGCAGCGUGCUCCUGGCGGUCCUCUUUGAGAACGGUGACAUUGCCGUGUGGCAGUUUCAGCUGCCCUUCGUAGGGAAGGAAUCCAUCUCAUCGUGCAACACGAUCGAGUCCGGAAUCAACUCUCCUAGUGUUUUGUUUUGGUGGGAAUAUGAGCACAAUAAUCGGAAAAUGAGCGGCCUUAUCGUGGGGAGCGCUUUCGGACCCGUAAAAAUCCUGCCCGUCAAUCUCAAAGCAGUUAAAGGCUAUUUCACUCUAAGGCAGCCUGUUGUCUUGUGGAAAGAGAUGGACCAGUUGCCAGUGCACAGCAUUAAAUGUGUCCCGCUCUAUCACCCUUACCAGAAGUGUAGUUGUAGCUUGGUGGUGGCAGCAAGAGGAUCCUACGUGUUUUGGUGUCUUCUUCUGAUCUCCAAAGCAGGCCUCAAUGUUCACAAUUCCCACGUCACAGGCCUUCACUCGCUGCCGAUCGUCUCCAUGACUGCGGACAAGCAGAACGGGACGGUGUACACUUGUUCCAGUGACGGGAAGGUGAGGCAGCUGAUUCCCAUUUUCACAGAUGUGGCGUUAAAGUUUGAACACCAGCUAAUUAAACUCUCGGAUGUGUUUGGCUCCGUGAGGACGCACGGGAUAGCGGUGAGCCCCUGCGGCGCGUACCUGGCCGUCAUUACGACCGAGGGCAUGGUCAACGGCCUCCACCCCGUUAACAAAAACUACCAGGUCCAGUUCGUAACUCUCAAAACCUUUGAAGAGGCAGCUGCUCAGCUCCUGGAGUCUUCCGUUCAGAAUCUCUUCAAGCAGGUUGAUUUAAUAGAUCUGGUUCGCUGGAAGAUUUUAAAAGAUAAACACAUCCCGCAGUUUUUACAAGAAGCUUUGGAAAAAAAGAUCGAAAGCAGUGGGGCCACGUAUUUUUGGCGUUUCAAACUGUUCCUCCUGAGGAUUUUGUAUCAGUCGAUGCAGAAAACCCCUUCAGAAGCAUUAUGGAAACCGUCCCACGAGGACUCCAAAAUCUUACUCGUUGACUCCCCUGGGAUGGGCAAUGCCGAGGAGGAACAAGAGGAAGGCACUUCCAGACAGGCCAGUAGGCAGGGCCUUCAGGAGAGGAGCAGAGAGGGCGAUCCCGAGGACCCCAUCGACGACUCACUGACCCCUGGAGACGCCGGGGGCCGGGAGCCGAUGGAAGAGAAGCUCCUGGAGAUCCAAGGGAAGAUCGAAGGCGUGGAAAUGCACUUGACCAGGGAGCACAUGAAGCGGGUCUUAGGAGAAGUGUACCUGCACACCUGGAUCACAGAGAACACGAGCAUCCCCACCAGGGGCCUCUGCAACUUUCUGAUGUCUGACGAGGAGUACGAUGACCGCACGGCACGGGUGCUGAUUGGACACAUCUCAAAGAAGAUGAACAAACAGACCUUCCCUGAGCACUGUAGUUUGUGUAAAGAGAUCUUGCCAUUCACAGAUCGCAAACAGGCAGUCUGCUCCAAUGGCCACAUCUGGCUCCGGUGCUUCUUAACCUACCAGUCCUGCCAGAGUCUGAUCUACAGAAGGUGUUUGCUCCAUGACAGCAUCGCCCGCCACCCAGCUCCAGAAGAUCCUGACUGGAUUAAGAGGUUACUGCAAAGCCCUUGCCCUUUCUGCGAUUCUCCCGUCUUCUGAACGUCAGCGGUGGGAAGAUGGGAAGGGCACGUACUCUGUUACAGAAAAUGCCCUCUGGCUUGAAGACGUAGGACGCGCUGGCUGAUCCCGGCCUUCGGGUGGCGAGGCUCUCUCCAGGAGUGUAGAUGGGGCCCUGGGAACUCAUUUCUGAAGCACGGUCUCUGUCUCCGGGGACUAAGGGAUUUCUUUAAAACAACUGAAUGCAGAGAUUUUAAGUCAUUCUGAGAUGAACAUUAGCCCCCCGCCUCCUCACCCAGUGAGGAACACUUACUUUUCAAGUGUUUUGACUGAAGCAGUUUGAACAACAAGAAUGCCCUAUCAUCUCUGGGAACAGAACGAUCUCUUGUAGAGAGUCGGGGUAAGGGCCUCGCUGGACCAAGUUGGGCUUAACGCUUGCCUCGGUGCCGAGCUCCUGCUCCAGAGAGCCUAAGCGCGUGGUGCAUGGUACGCGGUUUUCCGGCACACGUUAGAAGUGUCGGAAACAGCACAGGGUCCUGAUGCUUUGUUCCAAACGAACAGCCACAGAUCUGUAUCCCGAGGAUUCCUGUUUCUCGUGCAUAUUGAAACCAUUCUCAUAGAACUGGAUUUUUAAGAGGUUGAAGCCAAGACUAAAGUUGGCUUUAAUGUGUCAAAAGGUCAGGUGAUUCUCCUAAGUUAAUAAUUGUGACUCAUUUUUAGUGAGCUCCCAUGUUAGCUCCCUUUGUCCUUAAUAUGUAAAGGACAUCUGGUAUUCCCGUUCGCCCGUGACACCUCUCUGCUUCAGACUGACUGUCACAGCCUACGUGAGAUUUUUGUACAUAGAAGAAAAAGAAUAUUUUCUCCUUAAAA